CUAGUGGCCCCCACUCGGCCCGCGGCUGCCCCACGACGCCGUCGGUGGCCUUACUGGCCGGUCAACAAUGAGAGUGAAAAACCCAAACAAUUCAACCUUCCUUUUUUCUCUCUAAGAAAUCCAAAUCGCCAAACAGGCCUUCAUCGCGGUGCAGCACAAUUACCCCCAAAGCGCCAUGAAAUCCGACGAAGAGUCCCAAGCUAAUCCACUCAAUCUGGCCGCCAGAACUUCCAAGGGCUCCGAUGGGGCGUUUUGUAAAGGGAAAUACUGGAAGCUAUGGGUGAUUUCCGCCAUUCUACUUCUUGCCUUUUGGUCAAUGUUCGCCGCCGGAUCUCUAACUCUCACUCUCAGUCGGAUUUCUAAUUCGUCUUCCUCCGCCUCCGCCGCCGCGUUCCAAGAUGAUCUCGAUGUUCUGGAAAUGGAGAAGAGGGAGAAGGUAGUGAGACAGAUGUGGGAUGUGUACACCCACCGGCGGAGCACCGUCGGGCUGCCCAAAUUCUGGCAGCAUGCGUUUGAGGCGGCGUACGAGGAUUUGACCGCCGAUUCAGCCGUCGUCAGGGACGCAGCCGUCUCAGAGAUUGCCAAGAUGUCAUUGCGCCCACAAUCCACACCUCUAUCCUUCUCUACUCAAAGAGAAGAGAAGGAAAAAGGUGACUUACUCAAUGUUGGGAUGGAGGGAGAAGCUGAAAGGGAACGUUGAAGAUGAAAUGUGGGAGGCUUUUGUUUGGAUUAUGCUACAAUCAUAUAAUGGAACACUAAAAUUGAUAUUGUCAUGGUUUUAUGAACCACAAACAAUAAUUUUAUGUAUGUGAUUCUUGCUUGCAUGGGUAGCUUAGUUGGUCUUAAGGGUAGAAGUCAUGCCCAAAGAUCUAGGUUUGAAUCAUGACAACAAAGUACUGGAGUAUUAUUCUUUUUAAAUAGCUCUUUGUACGCACCGGGCCCAUGGUGAUCUUUCUAAACAAAAAUUAUACCAUGAUCUAUCCCACUUACAAUCUUGUUGUGCCUGGGGUGAGGGGCGUGUGGGGUGAGUGUUCAACCUUUAUGUAUGUGAUUAUCGUCGGUGGUGCUACUUUUUAUGUCAUCCUUGGAAAUAAAGUACUCCAUAUUAU